AUGACUCAUGACAAACCUAGCUCUUGGGCUAAAUGGCUAUCUCUUGCAGAAUGGAGGUAUAACUCUACAUACCACAGCUCCAUUAGGAUGACUCUAUUUGAAGGUUUUUAUAGGCAUUAUCCCCUUAUGCUACUAGCAAUUCCUUCUGAAGGUAUUUUAGUAGUAUCAGUGAAGGAUUUCUUUAAACAAAGGCAGCAAAUGACUAUCAUUCUGAAGGAAAAUUUGGAAGUUGCAAUGAAUAGAAUGAAACAACAAGCUGAAAAGAAGAAGACGAAAGGGAAUUUCAAGCGAGAGACUGGAGUGAGACCUAUUGUUUACAAACUGGAAUUGCCUGUGUCAUCCACAGUGCAUAUAGUCUUCCAUGUCUCCUUGUUGAAAAAGAGGAUUGGAGAUAAAGUAGUACCCUUGCGACAGUUGCUAGUAUUCACUGAAGAUGAAGUUGUGAUAGCUCCCCAGUAA